GUGUGUGUGAGGCUUCGGCGUCGGAGCCGCGGACGGUUUGCUGAACCCGUUAGUGCGCCCGGCCGAGACACGCCGCCGCCAUGUCUCGCUACCUGCGUCCCCCAAAUACGUCUCUGUUCGUCAGGAACGUGGCCGACGACACCAGGUCUGAAGAUUUACGGCGUGAAUUUGGUCGUUACGGUCCUAUAGUUGAUGUGUAUGUUCCACUUGAUUUCUACACUCGCCGUCCAAGAGGAUUUGCUUAUGUUCAAUAUCCUUUCUUCAGAUGGCUGAUUAGUGAGGGGUGUUGAAGUUUGAAAUUCAAGUUUAUGUAAGUGGUAACAUCUAAAAAGUGGUUUGUUUUUGUCCUCUAAUGUCUGUGUCUUCAAAUUUUUGAAAAUUAAUUCUGACUCACACAUUGCUCUUGUUGUUUCUUAAAGUUAAUCCAAAAAUGGUAAAAUAUUUAAAUUCCCAUUCAUGCUUCUGAAACUCAAAUCAAUGAUUAUAUGUGUGAUUUAAAUUUGAAUGCACUCUGGUUGCUACUACCUUUAAGUCCAUUGAAAGUUAAUAUGUUCUUGUGCUUAGCAAUUAAAAUUUGGUAUUCUUGUUUGUUAAUUUGAAUCACUUGAUCAAAAACAAAUUGUAUAACAAUGAGGUAAACUUCUUUAAUAUUGUCCCCUAAUUUGCUGUCCUCUGUUGUUACCUCAGAGAAUGUAAAGCUGUACAGUUAUGGCGACCCCAAAGAGAAAGCAUGAAAGAACCUUUAGAGUAGAGUUCAACACUUAAGGCAAGUAGACAAGCCAAAGACCUCUUAAGGAUCAGGCUUGAAGAGAAGGGAGAGUUUGGGAAAAGAAAAAAUAAAGAAAAGCUGGAAGAAGGACAAGCCUAAUGGGAGACAAAGCCUCGCUUUAUCUACAAAAGGGGGAAAAGGUUGUUUUUCAAAGUUAAAGAUAAAGCCAUCUGUCAUAUUUGGCCAAGCAUCUCAUGACAAGUCCUUCUGACAAGCACUUAAAGAGUUAAAGGUCAAGAUGAAGUUGAAUUGAAUGAUGGCCAAGAUUAAAGGAGUCAUACCUGAUGAUGUUCGUGAUGCAGAAGAUGCUUUACAUAAUUUGGACAGAAAGUGGAUUUGUGGACGGCAGAUUGAAAUACAGUUUGCCCAGGGGGAUCGGAAGACACCAAAUCAGAUGAAAGCCAAGGAAGGGAGGAAUGUGUACAGUUCUUCACGCUAUGAUGAUUAUGACAGAUACAGACGUUCAAGAAGCCGAAGUUACGAAAGAAGGAGAUCAAGAAGUCGGUCUUUUGAUUACAACUAUAGAAGAUCGUAUAGUCCUAGAAACAGUAGACCGACUGGAAGACCACGGCGUAGCAGAAGCCAUUCCGACAAUGAUAGAUUCAAACACCGAAAUCGAUCUUUUUCAAGAUCUAAAUCCAAUUCAAGAUCACGGUCCAAGUCCCAGCCCAAGAAAGAAAUGAAGGCUAAAUCACGUUCUAGGUCUGCAUCUCACACCAAAACUAGAGGCACCUCUAAAACAGAUUCCAAAACACAUUAUAAGUCUGGCUCAAGAUAUGAAAAGGAAUCAAGGAAAAAAGAACCACCUAGAUCCAAAUCUCAGUCAAGAUCACAGUCUAGGUCUAGGUCAAAAUCUAGAUCAAGGUCUUGGACUAGUCCUAAGUCCAGUGGCCACUGAUAGUAUAAACCAUGGUCAUUUUUAGGCAUGUAUCAUUUACUCAUAGUUUGGUUUACUUAAAUUAUCAGGAAUACAAUGUUGCAAUGAUGCUUAAAAAACACUUGUUAGUUUUCCCUGUACCAGGCAAUGGUUAUAAUUAAAAUGAUAUGCUGUUGAGAAGCCACUCUUAAGAGUCCAGUUUGUUUAAUGUUAUGGGCAGCUACCAAUUUGUGGUGUCUCUGUAUAUUUUUGUAAAGAUUCUCAUUUUUUAUGCUUGAAGUAUUUGGUGAAAAGAUGUUGGUUGACCAUAAUUUGCAACAUUGUCUCAUUAAAAAUAAACUUUCAUAUUCAUAUUUGGUAGAACUGUUAACCUAGAAAUGUAGCUUGCUAAUAAGAUAGAAUGAUACAAAAGUGAAGUAGUAGCCACAGUACAGCACUGACUGCUCAGACACACUUAGGUUCAGGGUGGGCCUUUAUGUCUUGUCAAAAUGUCUAGGCCCGGCCGGGCGCGGUGGCUCACGCCUGUAAUCCCAGCACUUUGGGAGGCCAAGGCGGGUGGGUCAUGAGGUCAGGCGUUCGAGACCAGCCUGACCAACAGGAUGAAACCCCCUCUACUAAAAAUACAGAAUUAGCUGGGUGUGGUGGUGCACGCUUGUAAUCCUAGCUAUUUGGGAGGCUGAGGCAGGGGAAUUGCUGGAACCUGGGAGGUGACAGUUGCAGUGAGCCAAGAUUGCAUCACUGCACUCUAGCCUGGGUGACAGAAUGAGACUCCAUCUCAAAAAAAAAAAAAAAGAAAUGUCUAGGCCCAUGAUAAUUACUUAUGAUGAAGUGUGGAUUAGUUCUUUUGUUAACCCCACUGUCUUUGGGGAAUGAUGCCAGCUGAGUUAGGUCGUAUUUUCAGGGAGAUUGAGUUUUUGACUGAAACAUGAAGCCUUCACUGCUUUUUUUCUGGUUCCUGUGAAGAUUUGGAACAUAGAAAACACAGAAACUUACCUUAAAAUUUGAGCAGGUUGAUGAUGGCAAAAAUAAUUUUAAGGAGAAAGGAAUAUUCUUACGUAGUUAUUCUAAAGUUUAAGGAGCGUUGUUGACCAUAAUAUUGCUUAGUUUUCUUACUGCUGUUAGAAGGGAGUAAAUUGUUUCAAAGUAGGUUUUGUGUGUGUGUGUGUGUGUGUGCGCAUAGUGUAAAAGAACUGAAAUUUUUUGAUGCUUACAGCACUUGGCCUGUGCAUUUGUAUCAAAAUUUGCCUGCCUCUUUAUGAGCGAGGCCUGCUUUUCACACCUCAGUUUAUUUAAUAUGAGGCAAGUUGAAAGACAACACUCAUUCUAGGCGAUUCUGUGGUGCCAUGAAAUUUAAAAUAAUUUUGGAAAAAGGAUUAGUCAGUUUUAAGCAAGAGUCACAUCUUCUGAGUUUUUGAUUAUCAGUGUAGUACCUGACUAAAAAUGAAGUAAUACCCUUAACCAUUAAUAAUUUCUAGUAUUUUUCUGAAAGAUCGUUUUGGGGACAAAAGUGACUUGACAUGUCCAAUUUCAUUUCAGAAUAAAAAGCUAGCAUCUUUAAAAAUCAGAUUGCCUGCUUACAGAUAUAAGUAAGAAUUAUGGAGAAACAAUUCCUUUUAGAGGAUUACUUUUUUUCAAUUUUGGUUUUUGGAAUCUAGGCUUUGCCUGUAAAGAAUAAAACGAUGGAUUUUAAAUACUGUUUGUGGAAUGUGUUUAAAGGAUCGAUUAUUCUAGAACCUUUGUAUAUUUGAUAGUAUUUCUAACUUUAAUUUCUUUACUGUUUGCAGUUAAUGUUCAUGUUCUGCUAUGCAAUCAUUUAUAUGCACGUUUCUUUAAUUUUUUUUAGAUUUUCCUGGAUGUAUAGUUUAAACAACAAAAAGUCUAUUUAAAACUGUAGCAGUAGUUUGCAGUUCUAGAAAAGAGGAAAGUUGUGGGGUUAAACUUUGUAUUUUCUUUCUUAUAGAGGCUUCUAAAAACGUAUUUUUAUAUGUUCUUUUUAACAAAUAUUGUGUACAACCUUUAAAACAUCAAUGUUUGGAUCAAAACAAGACCCAGCUUAUUUUCUGCUUGCUGUAAAUUAAGCAAACAUGCUAUAAUAAAAAGAAAAUGAAGGAAAUAA